CAUACCACGGUAGAUAAAUUAAGCUACUUGGAGAGAAUCUAGCUGACAUGUAGUUAACAUGUUCAUUUUAAACUUUUAGGACGUAUUGUUGAUAUAUUGAUGUGACGGACUUUAUUUAUAUCGCGCAAAAUGCAAAAAAAAUGCUUAACAUGAUAAUUUUUCGCAAAUUAAGUUUUAAUGGAUAUGUGUUUAUUUUAAUAAUAUAGUACGUACGAGUGACAUUUUGGGAGCAGACAGAAAAUUAUCGGUUAAUAAUUAACGUAAACCAUUAUUUUUUUAUGAAUGAGCCAACGUCAUGCGUCAAUGACCAAUGGCCAAUAAAAUCGCGAGUUUGCGUUACUGACAAGAGGCGUGGCUUUAGCGCGUGGAUCUCUGUUGUAUUUUUGUACGGACUGAACUAGAAAUGUGUUACGGAAAAUGAUAUUUGCGAGAAUUUAAACAGCCCGCACGUGUUGCGAAACCAAUUGACCAAUGGUUGAUGCGUCUGCGAGAUCUCCUUCGCUACAGCGAUAGCUGCUUGUGUUACAAGAGCUGAUUGCUGAGGACGUAGUGCUAAAUGUUAAACCACCCGCAUAAUUUAUCGAUACAAUCAUAUAUAAAAUAAAGAUACAUGUUCAUUCCGUGGAUUAAUUGUAUAAAUAUGCCUGAUGCCAAUGCGUGCCAUCAUUCCUGCGUCCUACUGUCUUGAAAUAGUCAACUGUUGUGAGACAGUGAACCAUUUUAUUUAUAAGAUAGACGAAGAUAUUCCACGAUAUGAAAAAGGCGCACGCGAUACUGAAGUCGACUAAACUUGUACUUAUCGUGUUCAUUAUGCUUGGGACUUUGUGUGCAUCGACUUUGGAAAUGCCCACGACAGAUAAUACAACUGAUGAUCAUCACGAAGUAUUGGAAAAAAUUGAAAUUUUUAAAAUGGAUAUUUUAAAUAGGCUUGGAUAUACACGAACCCCGUCGUUCGCAAAUGUAACUAUUAGUAUAGAGGAAAAACGGAGAUUAAUUCAAGAGUAUAAAAAGUACAUAAGCGAUAGAGAAGGGAAGCAGAUUGCAAAGCCGACGAAAUACUACAGAGAUCAUCCUCCGAAUGUGAACACAGAUGCCUGGUCCAUCAAGAAUACAAUACGAAUGUACUUUCCAAUUACACUUGGUCAUCCGGAGAAUGACUUUAAUAAAGAACUUAAAAUCAGCUCAGCUAAACUGAGAGUCAAUAUUAUCAAAACGUUCCCUGACAAUCUUGUUGAUGAAUUUACCGUGGACCAAAUUAUUCGUGUCAACUUGUACCAAGUACUUUCAAUACACAACGCUACAAAGUAUAAAAGAACGUUGCUCGAUUCUAAACUGAUCGACUUGACCCGACCCUGGUCAGAAAGUUUUGAACUGCAAAAAGCAGUACAGAGCUGGACUAACGAUCAUACUGCAAAUAUGGGGAUAGAACUUGCUGUAGACUCGCAGGAUAUUAACGAUUUGAUUCAGAUAGAAAUGCCAGAUCACAUGAAAACAGAAUUAAAUGCAUCAAUAUCCGGAGCAUUGCCAACGUUAGUUGUGUACGCACAGGAACGUGAAAUUUUGAAACGGGUAAAACGCGGGUCAUCAAAGCGCGGUGACAAAUGCAAACGCAAAGCUGGAGAAACAAAAUGUUGCCGAUAUUCAAUAAAUAUAAAUUUUGCUGAAAUUGGUUGGGACGAUUGGAUUAUUGCUCCUAGUGGUUACAAAGGAUUCUACUGCGCAGGGGAAUGUCCGUAUGGGCACAAAAUGGCAAAUAACUUUGCAGGAAUCAAAGCACUGUUGCAUUUGAAAAAUCCUGCCAAAGUUCCAUCGCCAUGCUGCGUGGCAACAAAACUUAAGCCCCUUACAAUUCUUCACUACGACCACGAGGGGAAGUACCGAUUUACGGAAUACGAAGAUAUGAUCGUCACGCAGUGUAAAUGUGGCUAAUUUUCCGCAGUUUAACUUUUGAUAUUUGUGCCAGUAUUAAUGGAAAAUUCGUCGACGUGACGACAUCACACUGGUCAUACUUAUGGUCUUUUAUAUAAGAUUGUGACGGUGCAAACCUUGUUACUGGUUUUGGACAUUGUAUGACACGGACCUUUGUCUCUUGCUAUUCUAGUCCUUCUGCUCUCAAGUAUAGUUCAUUGUAUGGUUGCUUAUGGGACAAAUUUGAACUAUUUAACUACCAUAUUUAUAGCCAGUCAGUUUUGCCGUCCUCAUAUCUACACGUUUAUCUACAUAAAGAACAUAAAUAAGAUAAUACUAACAUCUGAUGUCAAUAAUCACAUUCUUAAAAUGGUAUUCAAAAAUGUCAUCUUUUUUAUAUAAAAAUGUAUAGAUGUCACAUCAAUGAAUUUCCACAACUCGACAAUAAUGAUGUUACACUUUUGGACUCGUCAUCUCUUUUAUAUUCUAUUCCUUUGUAGAUGUUGUACAUACUGUUCUAUUAUUAUUUAUUUGUUGUUACGGAUUUGUACUUUCAAAGUGGAAACCGAUCCAUAAAGAGUGCAAUAAAAAUAAGCACAUUG